CGAAAAAGGCAAAGUCUAAUGAACAAAAUUGACAAUCCAACCUAUUUUACUCUUACCUUGAGCACCUCCAUGGUUGUUCAUGCUUGUAUAUAUUACGCAAAUCCCAUGAGCAGGUUAUCUGAUCAUUGGAAGAUGGUAGAGAAGUCGCGAAGAAUUCUGGUUUUAGGCACAAGUCCAUUUUUCUUCUUGUUUCUCCUCUCCUUGCUCUACCUUGGCGAAUUCGGAUCACAGGUAGUUCCAUCAAAUCAAGCGAAGAAACAGAGAACGAAUUGGGGCCGGAGUCGCAUAGAAGAUCAAGAGAACCUGCAUUUUCUCAUGAAAAAACUAGUACAAGGCGGAAAUCAAACUGAUCAACGGGAAGCCACCAGAUUUGCUUGCCAUUCGGACCUUCACACUAAUGUUUGUGCAUCUAAUAGACCAGUAAGGAUCGAUACGCUUACAAUGAAAGUUUAUGCACCAUUCAGUCAAGGUAUGCCCCAAGCCAAUCGCAUAAUCCAUCCAUAUCCGAAGAAGGAAGAGAAGUGGGUCAAGAGAUCGGUUUCACCAGUGCAGAUACUUCAGGGAAACAUCUCGCCUCCUCCAUCUUGUCAUUACACACAUAACGUCCCAGCCAUAGUUUUCUCAUCCGGCGGAUACUCAGGGAACGUAUUCCAUGAUUUUAGCGAAUUAAUCAUUCCUUUGUUCCUCACAAGUCGCCACUUCCAAUCUCGCCUGCAAUUUAUUGUCACUGAUUUCAAACCAAUUUUCUUUGAUAAAUAUAGGAAUAUUUUCUCCCAUUUGUCAAGCUAUGCAGUUAUUAAUCCAGCAGCGAGUGUAGGAGUCCAUUGCUUUCCUGGAGUAGUGGUCGGGCUUCACUAUCAUGAUCAUCUUGCCAUUAACACCACCGCCAUCCCUAGAGGUUACUCCAUGCUUGAUUUCAAGCAGUUUCUCAGAGAAUCAUACAAUCUGAAGAUACGAGAUUUGUCACCAGCUGAAAAACCAGUGCUGAUACUUAUAUCCCGUCCAAAAUCAAGAAUGUUUCUGAACGAAGAUCAGAUGGUGACCAUGAUGAAGGAAUUGGACUUCAAAGUUGUCAUCGUAACACCUGAUAUGAUGGCCAACAUAGGCAAAUUCGCAAAGAUUGUAAACUCGUGCAGCGUACUUGUUGCAGCCCAUGGAGCUGGGCUUACAAACAUUAUCUUCUUGCCUCAAGAGGCUGUCAUGGUGCAAGUGGUGGGUCUGGACCUAGAAUGGGCCUCAACACACUACUACGGCAAGCCAGCUACAGAAAUGGGUUUGAAUUACUUAGAGUACAAAAUUGAAGCAGAGGAAAGCUCUCUCAUCUCUCUUUACGGCAGAGAUAACCCUAUCAUUACUGAUCCAGCAUCCAUAGGCGCCUCACGAGGGAUGCUAGUUGGCAGGGCUAUUUACUUAGGAGAGCAAAAUUUUAAUAUUAAUGUUUCGAGGUUUAGAAACACUCUUGUCAAAGCACUUGAACUUAUUGGGCACCUGGCUCCUUUGGUUCUCCGUGUUGGUAUUCAUUUGGAAAUAUACUCCCUUUUUUUUACUGAUCACCCUAUCAUUACCGAUCUCGCAUCCAUAGAAGCGAAAGGGUAUAGGGGUUGUAGGGCUGUAAACACAAGUAGGCCACAAAAAGAUUUUUCAAAUGAAAUUGCCAAUCAACAGUAUGAAGUCAUUCAGCAAGAAGAAGUGAGCCAAGAAGAUUGCAAGCGGGGACUUAUUGCGUCGGAACAUGUGCACAUGACGGUUUCUAAUUUCUAUAUCGACUACCUUCUCAUCAAGAGUAGCAGCAUUGUGCCAGAUAUAGACCCUGUGGCGGGCAGCGAUGCUGCUGAAUUAUGA